AUGUCGACAAGCCUGGCCUACAUUAAUCCCGGGGGAAGGCAGGCUCGAAAAGCCAACGCCCUAGAGAUAAAUAUGUUUGCUUCCCGUGGGUUGCAAGAGGUGCUCAAAACGAAUUUGGGUCCCAGGGGAACAAUGAAAAUGUUGGUUUCGGGUGCUGGUUUAAUUAAAAUAACGAAGGACGGUAAUACGCUCUUAGGAGAAAUGCAGAUCCAACACCCAACUGCAGCUCUUAUAGCACGCGCAGCGACAGCCAUUGACGACAUUGCGGGUGAUGGUACCACAAGCACCGUACUUGUUAUUGGCGAGAUGAUGCGGCAGUGUGAGAGGUGUAUUCAGGAUGGUCUUCAUCCCCGUAUACUGACCGAAGGUUUUCGUCUGGCUCGUAUUGAAGCGUUAAAGUUUCUUGAGAGGAGUAUUUUGAAGAUACCUGCCGAUGGGCAACGUGAGUAUUUGACAAAUGUUGCACGCUCGGUUCUUUCCACAAAAGUGGGUUCAAAUAUGCCCGAGCGCCUCGCGGAGGCAGUUGUGGAUGCCGUACUUGCGAUUGCCCCUGUAGAUGGAAAGGAGAUUGAUUUGCACAUGGUUGAGGUCAUGCAUAUGAAACAUCGACUGAGCACGGACACGAGUUUCGUCAAUGGCAUUGUCUUGGAUCAUGGUGGCCGCAAUGACGACAUGCCAAAGUUUCUGGAAAACGCGUACAUUUUAACCUGCAAUGUUUCUUUGGAAUAUGAAAGAAGUGAACUGAACGCGGGGUUUUAUUUCAAGGACCCUGCUGAAAAGGCCCGCAUGGUUGUUGCAGAGCGAAAAAUUACGGACGACCGUGUACGGGAUAUCAUUGCCCUUAAAAAAAAGGUCUGCACCAAAGAAAACAAUCGUUCUUUUGUCGUGAUCAACCAGAAGGGAAUUGAUGGCAUCGCCCUGGAGAUGCUAGCAAAGGAGGGAAUCUUGGCUCUUCGACGUGCCAAGCGCCGAAAUAUGGAGCGACUCGUUUUAGCUUGUGGAGGUGAAGCAGUAAACACAACCGAGAAUUUAACUCCCGAAGUGCUUGGAGAGGCUGGUCGCGUGCAGGAGUACACUUUGGGGGACGACAAGUACACUUAUGUGGAAGAUGUCUGUAAAGGGCAAAGCUGCACUUUGCUGGUGAAGGGGCCAAAUGAUCACACCAUUGCCCAAAUCAAGGAUGCCAUUCGUGAUGGGCUUCGAUCUGUAAAAAAUGCCUAUGAAAGUGGGGGUGUUGUACCCGGUGCUGGGGCAUUCGAGGUGGCUCUGCAUGACCACUUAAGUCGAUUUGCCGAAACCGUCACGGGGAAGCAGAAGAUCGGCGUGCGCGCCUACGCGGAUGCCAUUCUUGUCACACCCAAAACUUUGGCAGAGAAUUCUGGACUCGAUGUUCAGCACUGUCUUAUCUCUCUCCAAGAAGCCAGUCGGGCAGCGCGCCUGCAGAAUCGGUGGGUAGGCCUUCGUCUCGAUACCGGAGGCGUGGUUGAUCCCCUGGCAGCUGGGAUACUCGAUAACGUGAUUACUAAAAAGAGUAUUCUGGAGGCAACAGGUGAUAUUGCAUCCCAAUUGCUUUUGGUGGACGAAAUCAUGAAGGCUGGUCGUCGUGGUGCGGGUGGUCCACCGCCAGAGUAG